AUGGCGGACACGAACCCCACGGAUCAUGACGAGAUGAUGAAAAAACUUGUAGAAGAAACAAGAGAGUUCCUGGUACCGGAUUUGCUGCUUCGAAAUUUGAUGCUUUCGCUUAGCGUGAUCCUCCACGGGGUGAUAUCUCUAGCAGGCGUCUUGUCCAACAGCGUCAACGUGCUCGUCUUCAUUAGACUUGGUCUCAAGGACAGCAUGAGUGUUGGACUUUGGGCGUUGUCGUUUACAGAUCUUGUGGUGACGGCGUGUCAGCUAGCAGCUUGUGUGUGCUACCUUAUCGCUUACGUGUACCCAAACACUCCCAUUAGCCCUUGGUCUAUUGGCAGUUUUGUGUUAGGCUCAGUAAGGUAUGUAGGUUAUUUCAUAUCAUGCUGGAUAACUACAAUCAUUGCUUUAGAAAGGUGUUACUGUGUUGUAGCACCUUUUCGUGUGAAGCUUGUGUUUACAAAAUCAAGAUGUGUUGCAUCCAUCACGUUUAUCUACAUUAUUCACGUUGGGAUUGUUAUACCGUUAUUUAUUUAUGAUCCAAUGGAGUGGGUUCUAUACACCACAGGAGAAAAAGAUGCAAACAGCAGCCUCAUUUAUUUCAUGCAGUUUCAAUGGACGUAUACCCAGCUUGGCGCUCAAUGGGACACUAUCGUUAAUAUUGUAGAAGGAGUUGUACUUUCUUGUAUCUCUCAAGUUCUCAUACUCUUCUGUACUUUCUGGAUGGUUUUCUCUCUAAAGACAUCCUCAAAAAUACGAAAUCAAUCAGCACUUAAAGAAAUGGGAGAUAAUCAUGAAAAGUCAGACAAUCUUUCAUCACGGGAAAGACGUCUUGUUAAAGUUGUAAUUCUAUUGGCUAUCAUACAGACUGUUUGCAGCGUGCCGAGGUUUAUGGUCACAGCCGUGUAUCACAUAUUUCCAGGCUGUGAUCUUGGCGCUUACGACAAUUUGAUGACUCUAAUUUGGGAAAUGUCGUAUAUUUUCAGCACUAUUUGUUGUACGAGCAAUAUUUUUGUGUACCUGAAGCUUAACGCUAAUUUUAGACAACAAUCUGAGCGUUGA